AAAAAUAGAAAAUUGGGAAUUUAAGAACUUGUGAAUCGCCUCCAUUCCUCUUUGUUGACUGCUUCCUUCCUUCCUUCCUUGUCACCUACAUACCGGGAGCUAAUUGUUUACCUCUGCGUUUAUUGGAGGAAAUUGGGCUCCCGAUCGCGAUCUUUAGUUGAGUGAAUUUGAGCUGAAUUUGAGCUUACCAGAUCGGUCUUUAACUGAUCUGAUAGUGGGGGGAGUGGUCUUCGAUUGAUUGUUCCCUUUAAAGGUCCCUUUUUGUUCCGAUUUUUGACGAGCGAGGACGAAGGAUUGUCUCGUUGUUGCUGUGUUUUGCGAAAUUAGGUUUUUUGUUUGGAAAUUCGUCAUGGAUACGAGCAGAAGAGCCGUGGAAUCGUAUUGGAGGUCGCGGAUGAUCGACGCGGUCACGUCUGACGAGGACAAGGUAGCGCCUGUGUACAAAUUGGAAGAGAUCUGUGACCUCCUUCGUUCUUCUCAUGUCAGCAUCGUCAAGGAGUUUUCGGAAUUCAUUCUCAAACGUCUUGAUAACAAAAGCCCCAUCGUAAAGCAGAAGGCUCUUAGGCUGAUAAAGUAUUCUGUGGGAAAGUCUGGCUCAGAGUUUAGAAGAGAAAUGCAAAGGAACUCUGUUGCUGUUCGCAACUUAUUCCAUUACAAGGGGCAUCCAGAUCCUCUAAAAGGUGAUGCGCUUAAUAAGGCUGUACGGGAUACUGCUCAUGAAACGAUUUCUGCUAUAUUCUCGGAAGAGAACGGUACUAAGCCAGCUGCUCCUGAAAGCAUCAACAGGCGCAUAGAAGGAUUUGGGAAUACUAACUUUCAGGUGCCCUCUGAUGAUAAAAAAUCGUUCCUGAGUGAGGUGGUUGGUAUUGGAAGUGCAUCUAUUAAGCAAGGAAUCAGUAGUUUUGCCCAAGGUCAUAUGCCAAAGAAGAAUGAGAAUGGAAGCAGCAGCUACAGAGGUCCAAAUCUCCACAGAUCGUUGACUAUGGAAAACGAGAACUUCAGUAGAUAUGAUCCGGUUAAGCUGGGGAGUGAUGGUAAAUAUGGGGUUUCUCAGAACACGGGUGGUGGAUCUUGGGGCCAAGCUUCCGGAGAGGCAAGUGAUAGUUCUGCUUCAGUUCGUCUCGAGAGCAAAACUCGUGAGGAAAAGCUGCUGGAAACCGUUGUUACAUCUGGCGGUGUACGCCUGCAGCCAACUCGGGAUGCACUUCAUGUAUUCAUUGUUGAGGCUGCGAAAAUGGAUACUGUUGCCUUAAGCAUUGCUCUAGACGGGAAGCUCCAGUCUCCAAUGUGGCAGGUUCGGAUGAAAGCUUUAUGUGUCCUUGAGGCCAUAUUGAGGAAGAAGGAAGAUGAUAGUUUUUCAAUUGUACAUACUUAUUUUAGUGAAAACACGGAUGUCAUACAGCGAUGCGCAGAGUCUCCUCAAUCUUCCCUUCGUGAAAAGGCUAACAAGGUUCUGAGUCUUAUAAACGGUGGACAAUCAAGUGGGUUGAUGAGCAGCUCAGAGAAUACUGUGAAGCGAGAGACUGUUGUUGAUUUACCUGACUUGAUCGACACCGGUGAUUCAGAAUAUACAACAGAAGAUACUUUGAACAUGCCAAAUGCUAUUAAUACUAGCAGUACAGAGGCGACAGCAGCUCCACUGAUGGAUGCUGAUUGGUUUGGGGAUAGCGCUGACACUGGAUUGAGUAGCAGCGAGAAGAAUAAUGAUGAUGACCCUUUUGCAGACGUAUCAUUUCAUCCUAAUGAAGAAAAAGAAAGUUCAGAUGACCUGUUCAUUGGAAUGAAUGUCGGGGAAAAGCCCGGUGCAGGUGGUAAUCACGUGCCUGAGCUAUUUGAUAUGUUUGGGUCAACUGCAAAACUUGAAGCAGAGCCAAAGGAUUCGAAAAACAUAAAUGACUUGAUGGCAAGCUUCUCCAUUGACGAAAACAGCUCAAAUCAGAAAAGCUCAUCUUCAAGCACCCUUCCAGAUAAUUUAUUUGCAAUGCCGAGCACCACCACCCACCAAGCACCGGAAAAUCCCGUUGGAGGCAUUCUUGGUUCACAAAGUUCUGGGUUUAUUCCAAAUCCAAUGGUUCCUGGGGGUGGCAUGUCCUUCAAUUUUCCUCCGGGGAUGUUGAUGAACCCAGCUUUUGCAUCUCAACCUAUGAAUUACGCUGCCAUGGCAAGCUUGUUAGCUCAGCAGCAAUACCUUGGUAAUAUAUCCAACUUCCAGCAGUUUGGCAACGUGAACGCUCAGGGUACCGGAAAUGUUCUUCCUGUGGGUACUAGCGGAGGAAAUCAGUCAGCACUCCCUGAUAUAUUCCAGCCAAGUUUUGCUAAUCAGGCUCCAACCUCAACAAUGAAUGGUGCGAAAAAAGAAGAUACCAGAGCCUUUGAUUUCAUCUCUGAUCAUCUUGCAUCAGCCCGCGACACAAAGAGAGUAUCUUGAUGCUUGCUAAUAUCCGGUGUUAAUUAAACUUAUUUCAUGAGAUAUGGAUACAAAGGGGAGAAAGCUAAAACGUUUAUCUAUAAGAGCUGUAAAAGACUAGACUUCAGGAUAAGAUGAAGAUGUUGAGCUUUUACUUCAUCCGGAAAAAGAAAAAGAGAGUCUGAUUGAUCUGAGUCAUAUAUGGUAAGCUUUUGGCUUCUCUUUUCGCUUCCUUUGUUUUGUCUUCGUUUUCUCUUGUUUGGAGUCAUUGUUCUUUGGAAUAAACAUGUAGUUUUAGAAUUACUUUUGUUUCACCUGUUUGAUUAUAAAAGUGUUUCUUUUGUUCAUUUGCUAUAUAUAUCUGAAGAGACUGUGUCUGUGUAUCGAAAAUAGACAAGAAAGGAAAUAAAACCAAGGAAAAAAGAGACCUUUCCAUUGGCAUUCUCCG